AUGGCGGUUCCCGGCGACCGAGACGCAGUCCGGCCACGCGAUGCCCGAGCACCGGACUGCGGUAGCAGCCCGGCAUCGGCGGAAGGCCUAGUUUCCCAUCACCCGUUGGCGCGCGGUCUUCGACGCCUGGUCCGGCGUUUUGUCUCAGCGAGUGUAGUUUCGGCAUCGGCGAGUCGAAAGGCCUGCCGUCGCGUGGCUACGAACACCGCGCACCGAGCUCCGUCGUUAAAACCGCGAGUGUGAAAGUGUUCGGGCUGUGAAAUAGUUAAGACGCGGUACUCGAGUGCGACUUCACGUGCAGCAGCAGCAGCAGGUCGUCUUCCUCUGUGGACGGGAGAUUUAUUCGGACCUCCUGUGGAAGUGAGAUACUGACCUACCACUUUCCGCCAAGUCUUGUCUUAACUGCUGAAGAAUCGACGUCGCCUGUCAUACUGCACCGGUCCGACUCCGCUGGCAUCAGGCAAGUUGUUUCAGGGCAGGUAACUAAAGCUGUCUUCGUCAGGGAUCGCUGGUGUCUGAGCUGCGGCAGCAUCCACAUUGCACAAAGUUGGCUCACCACUCGCAGCGCUUGCGGAUAUACGUCUACGAAGAUAACCAAAGAAGCUUCUUGAGAAAUAGAUCGAAAGAACCAUCUCUCUGGCCUGAAAGGAGGACUCUGUUAGCGCAUUGGGUGCGUAUCCAUAUCCCCAGCUGCAACAGAGUACAUCGCUCUCCCAGACCCCGCGCGCGCGGCUUUCCCAUUUAGUGUCAUCGAAGCGUUGAGGUGGCGGCAGCUGCGCGUUCAGAAGGUGGCCCCUCGUGACAGGUCAUCCGUUUAAGGACGGCCGAAGGAACAGGCAGCGUUCCACGUUCCGUAGAGCUCGUGUUCCUGGAAAACGUUUCUUGAUGCCCAGUUUUGUACGAACAACGUCAAUUUAAACCUACCAUCAGAAAAAUGGUGCGACGAAAAUACAUUUUAGACCAGCUGAUAGCGCAGAAACAUUGUAACGGUUGAUUUCUUGUGCUUCGUCAAAUGGGAAGUAAGUCCGCGUGCUGAAAAAGCUAUUGUUUAUUCUCAUUAUUAAAAACGACACGCCGCAAGUUUAUUCGCUGAGAGAGCUCUGAGCAUGGUUCUGCAGAGAAGACUUUGUUCCGCCUUCACCGUGGCUUGCUGUGGGCUGUUGUCAGUAUUGCGAGCUCCCUGACGAACACCAACAAGUGCGAAGUACCGAGUGCUGUACAAGCAAUCACGUGGACUCCUUCAUGCCAGCAUACAUCUAGCGAGCCAAAGAGGAACGUGUCUAUGCUGCCAUCCAUGCAUUGCGUCCCGCAACAGGUAUCCACCUGAACUGCGCAGUCUGCAGGGCUGACGGAACUUGCAGUUUCCGCGUUUCAGUUUCUAUGCUCGAAGAUACUGAAGUUUCUGACAGCCAGUUAUAGUGCUUCUUAUAUCCGCUGAGGACAUCAACCGAGACAUUUGGCUUACGCUAGGCAACCAAAGAGUGUGUCCUGCUCUCCGGGAGAGACAGAUUCUCUAUAAAGGUUUUUUUUUCUGGUAGUUCCAGGCCGGUCAUAGUGCAACAAGACAACAAGAGGUGUUACGUGCUGCCUUACCGUCACUUAUAUACUCAGCCAGUUCUGUUGACAGCGAGGAGUUUAGGGUCGACUGACACUCGCAAGCGAAGAAGGAAGCCAGUACAGGACCUCGCUUGGACAUGAGCCUAGUGGGAGGCUUUCCCCCGGCGGCUGCCGCCGCAUUCGCCGCCCAGGAGCCCCUGUACGGGGCGUACUACACCGGUGGGCCACCAGGUGCCGAGUACCUGGGCUGGCUGCUCGGCGACCAGGCGACGGCCGGCGACCUCACCGGCAGCGGCGUGCCGGCGGCGUGCUCGUACUCGGCCGGCGGCCCCGCGAGGCCGGGCUCGGCGGACGAGCCCUGGGCCUCGCCUCACCCGCCCAGCGCCCCGCCACCGCCGGCGGGGCGCGGGGUCAAGCGGCGGGUGACCGCCAACCGCAAGGAGCGACGCCGCACGCAGAGCAUCAACAACGCAUUCGCCGAGCUGCGCGAGUGCAUUCCCAACGUGCCGGCCGACACCAAGCUGUCGAAGAUCAAGACGCUGCGGCUGGCCACCUCUUACAUAGCCUACCUCAUGGACCUGCUGCAGGGACCGCCGGGAGCCGCGCACCAGGCGUGCUUCAAGGCCGACCUGCAGGCGGCCCACGCAGCACUCACGCUCCACCAGCAGCAGCAGCAGCAGCAUCAACAGCAGCAGCAGCAGCAGCAACUCCCUCCACCACAGCAGCUCACGCCGCUCAGCUCGCCUGACGACGUGCGCCGAAAAGAGCUGGCGAACGUGAUACAGGCCGAGAAGAGGGGCAAAGGCCGGACGGGCUGGCCGCAACACGUCUGGGCGCUGGAGCUGAAGCACGACGCCUGAGACUCGCCGCCCACGCGUCGGCCGACUGCACGCAACUCGCAGCACGACUGUGCUUCCGCUGCUCUCGCAUGCGCAAGCAGUCAAGUGACCCACCAUGC